AUGACCAGUCCUCAGCUUGGCCAAGAUCAAGAUAACGAAGAGGAGCUGGAAUGUCUACGCCAAACUCAGUCACAGAGAGCACAACCACUCUCAGGGCGCUACGUCUGGUCUGAGACAAACAAAUUAGAGACUAGUGACUCUCGAGUUGCUACGCCCAUGGCUGACUCGGACAAUCAUCGAAAAAUACAGCUCAGGCCUCGUAAAGCAUACGCGAGAGACGACAUGGAUAUCCGUAGGCUGCCAGAGCCGGCAGUGGACUCAAAGUAUGAGACUCCUCACAGGUAUUCCGGAGCAAGACAACCUACACCUGUGACAGCAAGACAAUGUGCCAACAAAGAUGGCCAAUCAAUCACCCCAGGGCGCCUUGCAAGAGACACAGCCCAAAACGACCCCCCUCCAAACCCAGCCCCUGAGAGCGAGCCGACAAUGAUGCGGCAACCAGAGACUCGACCCAUUAGCCAGGAUCAGCUCGUCGCCGAGGUCAGAGGUAUCUAUGCCGGCCUUAUUAUGAUCGAAACAAAAUGUAUCGAAGUCGACAAAGCUGCGUCUGCAAACUCAAAUUACAGCAGCGAAUACUGGCAGGCGCACAAUGCACUCCAUCGCCAGUUAAUGUAUGAGAGUCUCGAUCCUGUCAACAUUACUACUGUCGAGGCAUCGCAGGCUUACGACCUUGGAGCCCUUCUGUCGGAAGUUUCUCUACGCUCGCAGAGAUUCUGCCGCCUCAACAGUCGAUUACUACCACUUUUGCAAGCUGGAAAUGGUACGCCUUUAAAUGUACGGUUUGUCGAAUUCAUGACAUUGAUUGAAGCUCUCUCCAACAUAAUCAUAAAAUACAGUUCGUUGCCAGAUUUCACAGAUACAAUUCUUGCCGGGUUGUUUGAUUUGAUCACGUCGAUCAUCAGAAGGUUAAACUUGAGAUUCAGAUGCGCAUAUGAGGAACUGAAGUGCAGGAACGCCUCGACUCAGAUAAUAUUUGAGUUUCCCAACAAUAUGCGGCAUGUCUGUACGACAAUGCCUUGGACUAUUUUGCCUGCAUUGCUGGUAUUAUGGGGUGUUUGUUGGAUGUUCAUCAUCGGUCCUGGUGAUCUUGAGCCCCAGAAGUUCAACCCCGCUGCCCCGACGUUCUCGCCAGCUCCAGCUGCCUAUGACUUCCUUGAGAACCCUGGCGCAGCUUACUACGAACUUGGCCUACCGAGCGUUCCUGUGCCUGAACCUAGUAGUACGGGCUUUGAUCAGCACCCUACUAUCGACAGCCUCCUAUUCACUGAUGAUGGCGCCGGCAUUGAUCCGAUUUACUUAGUCCAACAUGCUCCUCAAGAUCCAGACUUCUUGUCCUUCGACGUGUUACCGAGGAACAGUGCAGGGAUCGUGGAAACGUCCGUGAAGGAAGACCUCAGUAGAGAGCUACCAGCUGCUGUCACCCCAGAUCCAAUGCUACAGACCUACGGAGAUGCGACCCGCCAAGAGCCAUUCAACCCAAUAGCUAAUGUUGCAUCGGUCAGUCAGGGAGUUCAAAAUACUGGCAAUGGCCAGACGAGCUCGUCGUACCUUGCAUGCCCGAAAUGCCAGCAGACAUUUGCAAAUUCCUUCACUCUCAACCGGCAUCAGACAGAAGCGCAUAAGGAUGUAGCAUCCAGCCCUGAAGAGUCGUUUCCAUGCCCCAACAGAGGCUGCAAGAGAUCCGUGAGAGGGUCUCCCUUCAAACGUCUUUACAACCUGAAGAGACAUCUUCAGGUUUGUAAACACAAUCCAAAUGUUUCAACCUCACCCGCCGCGUCGGACGUAAUGGAAGAGCGGCCAUUGUCUCAUUCAGUUUCAACACCAGCCUUACCUGAUGAGCUACAGUCAGCGGAACCACCAUCAGAGGGUUCAUCAGGAGAGAGCAGCGUUAGGAAAAGGUCGAGGUCAGAAAACGACGAUGACUGGAGUGAGGAAUCAUUGCUCAGAGAGAUGAAAAAGAAGCUAAAGCGAAUGGCUCAGGAGGUCAAGGAGAAGGAAGAUGCAUAUCUGCGGGCUCGGGAGGGGCUGGAAUCCAUCCAAAAGACCAUCCAAGUCAUGGAGGACUCGCUUCGAAAGUCCUAG